AUCCCUCCUCUUGUUUGUGUGUGAUGCUGAAGCAUGCUAUGCUGCAUCUUAAUAUCUCUCACUUUAUUGGGGAAAAGAAGCAAAAAAAAACAAAAACGAAGCGAGAGAAUAAUGGGAUUUGCAAUGCAAUGCUCAACCUAUGCUUAUUCUAUUUGCGUCCCUCGUCGAUUAACCCCAACCCUAUCUUUUCAAGCUUACAAGUGGAAUGGAUUCAAGACCCAAUCAAAGAAUCAGAUGAGACUACUUUGUGCUGCAGGCGACAAUCAAAGCUCCAAUCUCCUCGCUUCUCAAAGGAAAAGGGUUUUGAUUUGGUGUAGAAGAAAAGUUGUGGAGCACAUUUGUUUGCUCAAUGCAAAAGAGGAUUUAUCUGAAGAGGAAGAGAAUGACAUGCUUGAUUAUUUGUACACUACCCAGUAUCAAAUGGGUGGUAUUAUUGCAAUUUCAUUAGGGCGCAUUUCUGCUCAGAAUGGUGAUCAAUAUACUCAUGCUGUGUAUAUGCGGUUUCAAAGGAAGGAAAACCUUGAAAAGUUCUAUGAGAACUCCUUUUACUUGAAGGUGCUCAAGGACCACGUAAUGACUUACUGCCAUGAAUUAAUGAAUGUGGAUUACGAAUCUGAAGUCGAUGAUGAUAUGCUUUCUAUAUUUCGCAAAGGAGAGGAGUUCGGCCAUGGAGUGGAGUUUGUUCUUUUGUUAUCAUUUAAUGCGGGUGCCUUAGAUAACCAAGUGGAACAUGCAUUGGCGUCUCUAGCAACGGUGAUGCUGGAAUCUCCUUCCUUGAUUGUACAAUUUACACAAGGUUUGAAUUUCAAUCCAAGUUCUAAGGAGUAUACUCACGGAGUAGUGAUACGAUUUCGAUCAGUUGAAGCAUUUGAGAUAUUUAUACGCAGCCAAGAGUACAAGAAUGUAUGGAUAUCUAAGUUCCAGCCUGUUGUCCAGAAAUCACUGUCUCUUCAUUUCUUGGUUGAUCCAGUGGGAACUGAGAUCAUGUAGUGAGGAUAAUUUAUGUUUUCAACAUGAAAUGUCACUUGGUUUCCUCUUAUUUUUAGGAACAAGGUUGAUGGCUAUUUCCUGCUUUCUAUUUCCACUCACAUCACAUGUUAUUUUGCUAUGAAUGAGUUAUGACUAGUAUUGAUGAUGCCAACAUUCUGAAACCCAAUUGCAGUAGGAAAGUUUUUGUUGCUUAUUUGUAUUUGUCUGGUGUAUAUUGCUGUGUUAAUGUCAAAAUCAAACCUUAAAGGUACUCUUUUAUUUCCCCCCUGAAAAUUAUUCAGACACCUAACA